CGACCGCUCCUCCUCAGCUCAGCGGAGCGGAAGACAAGCGCUGCAAAGAGCCGCCUCAAGACCGGCCCGCCUCUCCGCUACCCAGACGACCGACUCCCAUGGCCCUCUCUGAGGCCCAGGCCUGCGGAAGGCGGCUGGUGCUGUGGUCCCCACCGAGGGUCAUCCUCUUCGGAGACUCAAUCACUGAGUUUUCCUUCCAAGAAAAUGGAUGGGGAGCCUCACUUGCUCACCGCUUGGCUAGAAAAUGUGAUGUUCUGAAUCGCGGACUCUCUGGCUAUAACACAAGGUGGGCAAAAAUUGCUCUGCCAAGAUUGAUCAGCAAAGAUUCUGAUGCUAAGAACACUGUUGCUGUAACUGUCUUCUUUGGAGCCAAUGAUGGUGCUUUAAAAGAUGUGAACCCUAAACAGCAUGUGCCACUGGAUGAGUACGCUGACAAUUUGAAAAGUAUGAUACAAUACCUAAAGUCGGUGGACAUUACAGAGGAUAAAGUUAUUUUGGUGACGCCACCACCCCUGCAUGAAGCAGCUUGGGGAAAAGAGUGCACUGCCAAAGGUGAAAAAUUAAACCGCCUCAACUCUACCACAGGAGAAUAUGCCAAGGCAUGUGUUAAAGUAGCCAGUGAUUGUGGCACUUCCAUCAUUGAUCUGUGGACACUUAUGCAAAAAAAUAACCAGGACUUUGGCUGCUACCUCUCCGAUGGACUUCAUUUAUCAGCGGAAGGAAACAAUUUUCUAGCAAACCAGCUUUGGUCACUCCUGGAACAAAGAACAUCAGCACUCCCUGUAAUGCUUCCCUACUGGCGUGAUGUAGAUCAUCUCAACCCUGAAGCUAGCCUCCAGGGCAAUCUUCAUGAUUUAUAAAAGUUACAAAACAGUGGCUGCUGGAGAGACAACAGCAGGCAAUCAUGGUAAUACACCUUUGAUUAAAUCACACCUCUACAGAAGGUGCAUUUACUACAAAGA